AUGGCACUCAGACCUCUCCAUUACCACCUUCCAUUGUUCCCAGGCUUCCAACUGCUGGAUGUUGCGGCUCCACUCGACAUUCUCAACAUCCGCUCACAGUACCCUGACACGGAUGGCAUCACUCUGACUGUAUCAGCCGCAACUCAAGACCCAGUCUCGGUGAAACCAAUUCCGCCGCCCAAGGCACCAUGGCGAUUUGAUAUCCCAGCCUCCAACGUCAACACGACUUGCAACCAGCAAAUGGUGCCACAGUGUACCUUUGCCGACGUGAUUGCUGCCUUGAAAGCUGGAAACGUAGCCGGUGAUGGCAGUAGUGAGAUCAAACCUGUCGAUGUUUUGAUUAUCCCCGGUGGUCCAGGAACACGUCUUGACCGGAUUUACGGCACUAAUACUGCUCCAUCUGAAGUCAAAGUCCCCAACACGCAAGAAGUCCAAGAUUUCGUAACAGCUGUCGCGCCAUAUGUGCGCCACAGUAUCAUUACGGUUUGCACGGGUAGUCAUAUCCUCUCGCAAACUCGACUUUUGGAUAAUCGCCAAGCGACCACAAACUCAGCUCGCUACGACGAUGUCAUUGAAAAAUCAAGCUGGGUGAACUGGCAACGCAAUAAGCGGUGGCUGCGUGAUACGGUCCCCGAGGAUGCAGUGUCUGAUACGUCCCUGCGGCCCGGGAUCGAAAUCUGGUCAUCUGCCGGUAUUACUGCAGGAAUAGAUGUGAUGUUGGAGUUUAUUUCGGCGCAUUACGGUGGUAUCGAGGUCGGCAUGCAGACGGCCAAGCGGAUGGAGUAUCGUUGGGAGCGAGAACGCGAAGCGUCUUACUUCUUGUGA